AUGGUGCGCCCGUGUCCGUCGGUCGGGCCGCGCGGGCGGCUCCGCGCGUGGCCCGGCGCUCGCGAGCUCGCCCCGUCGCUGCGGGCCCGGCCCGCCCGCUGCCGCCGCCUCCUCCCCCGGGGCGGCGCGGCGCCGGCGGGCGGUGGCGCGGAGGCCGGACCGGGCGGCGGCCCAGGCUGCGCUGGGGGCGCGGCGGUCAAGGCGGGCGACAUGACGGACAACAUCCCGCUGCAGCCGGUGCGCCAGAAGAAGCGGAUGGACAGCAGGCCCCGCGCCGGGUGCAGCGAGUGGCUGAGAUGCUGCGGUGGAGGCGAGCCCAGGCCCCGCACAGUCUGGUUGGGGCACCCGGAGAAGAGGGACCAGCGAUACCCUCGAAAUGUCAUCAACAACCAGAAGUACAACUUCUUCACCUUUCUGCCUGGGGUGCUGUUUAACCAGUUCAAAUACUUCUUCAACCUCUACUUCCUGCUUCUCGCCUGCUCCCAGUUCGUCCCCGAGAUGCGACUCGGAGCGCUCUACACCUACUGGGUUCCCCUGGGCUUUGUGCUGGCUGUCACCAUCAUCCGAGAGGCGGUGGAGGAGAUCCGAUGCUACACGCGGGACAAGGAGGUGAACGCCCAGGUCUACAGCCGCCUCACGGCGAGAGGGACGGUAAAGGUGAAGAGCUCCAGCAUCCAGGUGGGAGACCUUAUCAUCGUCGAGAAGAACCAGCGGGUCCCUGCCGACAUGAUCUUCCUGAGGACAUCAGAAAAAAACGGGUCCUGCUUCCUGCGGACGGAUCAGCUCGACGGGGAGACAGACUGGAAGCUUCGGCUUCCAGUGGCCUGCACGCAGAGGCUGCCCACCGCCGCUGACCUUCUUCAGAUUCGCUCAUACGUGUAUGCAGAAGAGCCAAACAUCGACAUCCACAACUUCGUGGGGACCUUCACCCGAGAGGACAGCGACCCCCCAAUCAGCGAGAGCCUGAGCAUCGAGAACGCACUGUGGGCCGGCACAGUCACUGCGUCAGGUACUGUCGUGGGUGUUGUUCUUUACACGGGGAGAGAACUCCGGAGUGUCAUGAAUACCUCGAAUCCUCGAAGUAAGAUCGGCCUGUUUGACCUGGAGGUAAACUGCCUCACGAAGAUCCUGUUCGGAGCCCUGGUGGUGGUGUCCCUGGUCAUGGUUGCCCUCCAGCACUUCGCCGGGCGCUGGUACCUGCAGAUCCUCCGCUUCCUUCUCUUGUUCUCCAACAUCAUCCCCAUCAGCCUGCGUGUGAACCUGGACAUGGGCAAGAUCGUGUACAGCUGGGUCAUUCGCCGGGACUCGAAAAUCCCUGGGACCGUGGUUCGCUCCAGCACAAUUCCUGAGCAGCUGGGGAGGAUUUCCUACCUACUCACAGACAAGACGGGAACUCUUACCCAGAAUGAGAUGGUUUUCAAGCGGCUCCAUCUUGGCACUGUAGCCUAUGGCCUCGACUCAAUGGAUGAAGUUCAAAGCCACAUUUUUAGUAUUUACACCCAGCAGCCCCAGGACCCGCCGGCUCAGAAGGGCUCCGCGCCGACCACCAAGGUGCGGCGGACCAUGAGCAGCCGCGUGCACGAAGCAGUCAAGGCCAUCGCGCUCUGCCACAACGUCACCCCCGUGUACGAGUCCAACGGCGUCACCGACCAGGCCGAGGCCGAGAAGCAGUACGAGGACUCCUGCCGCGUGUACCAGGCGUCCAGCCCGGACGAGGUGGCCCUGGUGCAGUGGACCGAAAGUGUGGGCUUAACACUGGUGGGCCGCGACCAGUCUUCCAUGCAGCUGAGGACCCCUGGCGACCAGAUCCUGAACUUCACCAUCUUGCAGCUCUUCCCCUUUACCUACGAAAGCAAACGCAUGGGCAUCAUCGUGAGGGAUGAGUCAACCGGGGAGAUCACGUUCUACAUGAAGGGAGCAGAUGUGGUCAUGGCGGGCAUCGUGCAGUAUAACGACUGGCUGGAGGAAGAGUGUGGGAACAUGGCCCGGGAGGGGCUCCGGGUGCUCGUGGUGGCGAAGAAAUCUCUAGCAGAGGAGCAGUAUCAAGACUUUGAGGCCCGCUAUGUCCAGGCCAAACUGAGCGUGCAUGACCGCUCCCUGAAAGUGGCCACGGUGAUCGAGAGCCUGGAGAUGGAGAUGGAGCUGCUGUGCCUGACGGGGGUGGAGGACCAGCUGCAGGCGGACGUGAGGCCCACCCUGGAGACGCUGAGGAACGCCGGCAUCAAGGUUUGGAUGCUGACGGGAGACAAGCUGGAGACAGCUACAUGCACAGCGAAGAACGCACAUCUGGUGACCAGGAACCAGGACAUCCACAUUUUUCGGCUGGUGACCAACCGCGGCGAGGCGCACCUGGAGCUGAACGCCUUCCGCAGGAAGCACGACUGCGCGCUGGUCAUCUCUGGAGACUCCCUGGAGGUGUGCCUCAAGUACUACGAGUACGAAUUCAUGGAGCUGGCCUGCCAGUGCCCGGCCGUGGUCUGCUGCCGCUGCGCACCCACGCAGAAGGCGCAGAUCGUGCGUCUGCUCCAGGAGCGCACCGGGAGGCUGACCUGCGCAGUAGGCGAUGGCGGCAAUGACGUCAGCAUGAUCCAGGAGUCGGACUGCGGCGUGGGUGUGGAGGGAAAGGAGGGCAAGCAGGCUUCACUGGCUGCCGACUUCUCCAUCACUCAGUUCCGGCACCUCGGCCGCCUGCUCAUGGUGCAUGGCCGCAACAGCUACAAGCGCUCGGCCGCCCUCAGCCAGUUCGUCAUCCACAGGAGCCUCUGCAUCAGCGCCAUGCAGGCUGUGUUUUCCUCCGUGUUUUACUUUGCCUCCGUCCCCCUCUAUCAAGGAUUCCUCAUCAUUGGGUACUCCACCAUCUACACCAUGUUUCCCGUGUUUUCGCUGGUUCUGGACAAAGACGUCAAGUCGGAAGUGGCCAUGCUGUACCCCGAGCUGUACAAAGACCUGCUCAAGGGGCGGCCGCUGUCUUACAAGACGUUCCUGAUAUGGGUGUUGAUCAGCAUCUAUCAAGGGAGCACCAUCAUGUACGGGGCGCUGCUGCUGUUCGAGUCAGAGUUCGUGCACAUCGUGGCCAUCUCCUUCACGUCGCUCAUCCUCACGGAGCUGCUCAUGGUGGCCCUGACCAUCCAGAGCUGGCACUGGCUGAUGACGGUGGCCGAGCUGCUCAGCCUGGCCUGCUACAUCGCCUCCCUCGUGUUCCUGCAUGAGUUCAUUGAUGUGUACUUCAUCGCCACGCUGUCCUUCCUCUGGAAAGUGUCCGUCAUCACCCUGGUCAGCUGUCUGCCCCUCUACGUCCUCAAGUACCUGCGACGACGGUUCUCACCUCCCAGCUACUCGAAGCUCACGUCCUAGGCCGAGUGCGGGAGGGGACCCCGGGCUGCGCACACGCCUGGCGGGCAGAGUCCAAGCUGCUUCCUGUUGACCACCGCCCGGGGACUGUGCAGGCCCACCGCCGAGGCUCUGGGCUUCCGCAGAGCCCCGGCCUGGCACACGCGGGCGGCAGGCGCCCGAGGGCCCCCGUGGGCCUGUCUGAGCCCCUGGCAGUUCAUGGAGGACUGAACGUGACUCUGAAACCCCGUGGCCCAGCCCAGAGGUUGGCGCGUGCGUCGCCGUGCAGGCUUCCUUACGACUUGAAUUUCAUUGUCCUGUGCUAAAAGUUUCUGUCCAGUUGAAAACCAUAGAGGGUUUCUCGUUGUUUUAAACCAUCCCAAUGUGUGUGCACUUUUUACAUCUUUCUGCCCUUUAAAAAACUGGUUUCAGAGAAAGAUAGAGCUCCUGGUGUUGGUUUUGGGGAAAAGACGGUGCUGUUUGGUUAAAAAAGUUAAGCAGACGGUAAUCUUAGUUUUGAAACGCUAAAUAUCCUUUCUAAGGCAGCCUGGCUUGUCAAACGGCGCUGGAUUCCUGGAAUUACAAAAAAGCCAUGAGAAGGGAGUGAGAGAGGCACGUUAUCCUUCCCCCAGCUCAGCGUCUACAGCCCCGGCGUUCACGUUAACGUCACCUACCACCUCGUAAAAGAAUUUCAAAGGUGUUAUCUUGCUUUGUUUGGACCUGGUAAUAAUUACAAACCCAGUGGCUAUCUGAGGACACCCUGGGACUUUUCUCUUUUUCAGCAGGAAACGUGCCACUGGGUGGCCCCUCCACGUGCCGACAGUGUGACAAGACACUCAGCUAAUUCUUUAGACCACGUCACACGUGUGACUCAGACCCUCUGAGUCCGAGGUGGAAAGGUCAAGGAUGGGGGUCUUGACGUCCACAGGAGUCUGUUUCCGGUUCGGAGGAAUUGCUGAGGACGCAGCGACAGAGGGGGCCAUGUUUUAGCGUGUUGUGGGUCAUCAGUGGCAGCUCUGAGUGAGGAGCUUGGGGUGGGGGGAGGCCUGGACUACAGCUUUGCGGUCUGGGCUCGCUUGCACUGCCUCCGGAUUUCAAGGGAAGCUUGCUCAAAGGCGGCCGCGAGUGGAGAUUCCUCUCCCCAACUCGGGUGGGGCCCUGUGCGACUGUUUCUUAUAAAGCCGUGGCUUCUUGUUUCAGAGGAACAAGAGACUUUGCAAGCGCUGGCCGUGGCCCGGCAAAGCUUUCUUGGGUUUUCAAGUCUCUCCCUCCAGAAGCCACAUGUGUGUGCCAGAAGGGUUAGGUUGGCAGAUCUGCAAGAGCUGAUCAUGCUUGAGAUCUUAGAUUUGUGAUUAAUUUUUUCUGACUGCGUCCCCUGCAGCUCUUUGGCCUGGUUCUUCUUGUGCUUCAGAGGUGUAAGUUAUGGCCACCUCCCCCAUGGGUAAGCCCGCUUUUGGAUUUCUGGGGACACCAGGUCCUUGCCUUUGGACCGCUUGAUACACUGAUGUAUUUCCGUUGCCCUCUUAAAACUUUAUAGAAUGACAGUAAGUUGCAGGCAUUGCUAAACUGACUAUGACAUCACUUCUAUUUUUGUUUUCAAGAUUCUGCAGUUUUGCGAGAUUUUUUCCCAUUCUGUCCCAGCCAUUUCUGCCCCACAGGAAAUAAAUGUUGCAUUAAAUGAAUGGUUAUUUAGGAAGAAGAUCUUGCUCCAAAACUUUGAGGAAGAAUGAGCCAGUCUGGAGUCUUUGCUGGGUGAUUUUAUGUGGUUUCAGAGGUGGGGCAGGAGGAAGGUGUGCUCAGUGCUCUUGCACCUGUCUGUCUGCCUGGAGGUCAGCCCUGUCGACCUGGGAGUCUGAAGGUCCUUCUCCCCUUUCUCAAGCCCUGACCUUGACCUUGUUCACAGACAGGUGAUGGCUUCCACAGGAAGGUCUCCUGGAACCCUCAGUAGGAAAUGUUUAGAUUAACAGCAGAGAUGGGGAAUGAAGAUGGUCUCUUUGGAUUUUUCUUUACUUCCCAACUUUGAUUGUGGUGCUUGAGUUGACUAAACUCCUUACUGGCAUCUGAGAGGGAGAAAGGGUCGCAGGGGAGUGGAAGAAGCCGUGCCCGGAGGUCAGACGUGCUCCCUCGUGCUGUGCACAAACCCACUCGCUCAGUCUCUCACCACACCCCGGUGGAGGCAGCCAAGAGCUGAGGAUCCAACGUGCGCGUGGAGACGAGACCGUGGCCACCUCAGAGAGCCAGCCCGCCGGCAGGUAGCCUGUUCCCACCGCCCGCAGAAGUGCCAAGUGUCUAGGAAAACACACAUCUGCUUCUCACAUGCUGGAGACCCGCAGGGUGGGAGCCACGAGUCAGCUGAGGGUACUGGAUCCUGACCUGCACACAGCAGACGCAAUCCUUCCUAUAGAGCCAGCGCGCACGGGCACGUCCCGGCUUAGCCUCUCUGCAGGCAGAAGACAAGGACACAAGCAAAACCCCCCGUUUUAGAGGAAGCUCCUGAGUCAUAAACCUUAAGCAUGAGACUCUGUUCACCACCUGGGAAGGAAUUGAGGACGCACCGCUGACAGCUUGGAGGUCCCCUCACCUUGGAACUCAGUGGCCCCAAGUCUCCCGCAGCCAGUUUGAUUGGAAGCCAGAGACCCCCCCUCCCCCCCGGCACACAGGCACAGUGCUAGUUAAAUACUUUCCUUCAAAGUUUGAAAACAAGAAUGACACGUCCUCCUGCCCGUCAACAAUACUAGGUAUUUCUUUUGUAAUUGAUGGAUUCUUGUCUUUUUGGCGACGGGGUGUGUGGAGGCAGCUGAGCAGUCCGAUUGGUGUGUCUUUUCCCUCCGGUUCCCUCCUCCCUUUCUCUAGGGCAGUGACCGGACGAGCUUCUCUAGCUUGAGUGACUUCCUGUCUCCGCCUGUCUUGAUGCCGUUUUGAGAGCCUGUGUGUGCUCGUGUGUGUUGCCAGUGGAGCCUGGUGAGGCUGGCCACACUGACUCGGGCUGCUUGGGGCAAAGGACGUUUCCCCGAAGUGAAGAAGGGCACCCCGGGAGCAGCUAGACUUUGGAGCAGGUCCGUCUGUUUACAGCUGCCUGGAGCUGGGGGGCCAAGAGCUGAGAGUCCUCCCACUUCAUUGUAUCCAGAUCCCAGACUUACUUUCCUAGCGAAACCCUUUUUUGUAGCAGUGAUGUUAAAUACCAGCGUCUGCUUACCCUUUUCCCCAUAUGGCUUCUGCUGAAAAUUUAGACUAUACUGACGGUACUUUUGAAUGUAUUUUGAGCUUUUGUGCUCACUGGGAAUUGACACGAUCAUGCCUAUUUUUUCUCCAGACCUUUGCUCUCAUACUCUGUUUUGUUUUUCCUAGGGUGGGGAUGCAACGCUCUUGCGCGUUUACGGGGCAGCAUUUUUAACCUCCGCCAAAAUUGCAAAUGGGACCUGUAUGUUCUGCUCCAUCCUUUUUAAGGCCAACACCCAUCAGCCAUUUUUAUCUUCGACCUUUUUUGUGUGUUUGGAAUGUGUGUGUGUGUGAGCGCAUGAUGUCACCUCAAGAGUUUCAAAGACGUACUUGGAUUUCGCUGUGUUAAAAUCCUGUCAGUCAUGGUUUUCUUUUUCAUUAAGAAAUAUGCAAGGAGCUUUGCAAAGGCAAGACUUUAUUUCUCUCACCUUUUAACAUAAAGCACUUUUUUUUUGUCGUUUAUAUAUACUUCUUAGGAAAUAGUUCCAUGAAUUAUGUCCAUUCUAUCUUAGAAACACGUGUAUAUGUUAUGCUUUUGUACAAAACCUGGAAGCACGUGAGCAGUGUGGCAGUACUUGGGGAUUUGCAGUCUCUUCUCCAGCCAGCGCCUUGCUCCAGGGAAUCUGGUCUUCUCUCUCACAGUGUGGCUGGAGGCACUGUCUGUUGGUGUUGCUGGGCAAUGUCAGUGAAUAUUGUAUUUGUUGGGGGGCAGCUGGGGAAGGGGCAUGGUAUUUGCAAAAAAAAAAAAAAACUGUGGCUCAUUUAUUACUUUGUUGCGAUGGGUCUGUCUGUGAAUUCCUCUAGGGCUCCUUGACUUCCUCAUUAGUAGACUAUCUGUAAUCCUCUCGGCCAAUAUUCACCAGGACAGCGUUUUUUUGAUUAGAGAGAAGCUCUGGUACAGAACUUGAAUUUAGCAGGAACUCCCAGAUGAUUUAAAUUCUUGAUGCCGUGAUGACACACAUGUGAUCCUGCGUGAUUCUGAACGGUUCUGUUUUGUCUGCCAGCGUGGCCCGUUGCUGUUGCCCAAUAAAGCUUGUGUACUUUA